ACGGAAGGAGAGAAAAAUAAUCCGAUUUGCCUCCACUUUGAAAAUCUUAAUAUUUUGUCUGUUCUUGGUCAUGUGGUCAAAAUUGUGAUUAAUUAUAACUUUUAUAAAAUGUGAACCAACAGUCCGAUUGUCCUCAAAUUACACACAUCACAAUAUUUUUAUAAACCCAAGAUCUGGUGAGAAGAUUGAAUAUAUUGGUCAGUUCUAGUACCUCUCUUAAAACGCGAAAUAAACAUUCGAUUCCAUUCAGAUUUAGCACAGCUCGAUAUUUCUUUCAACACAAGAUAUGUCAUAAAUAUGGUAGAGAUCGGAUCAUUCCCUCGGCUAUUCUAUUCUCUCAUCCAGAACCUGCAAGAAUCGACUUGUUUUAAAUUUUCUUUGAUGUCAUAAAGGUAAAAUCGGUUAUCGUAGUAAAAUCUUUUACAUUCUUGCAAUUCUGCAUGGCACAUGACAGUUCUGGAACAGACCACUGUACAGCUUACAGGUUCUGGAACAAUGCAACAAUUCUGGAACAGACCAAUAACUGCAGAUUUUGGAAAUUACCAAAUGUUUAAAUUUGUUAUGUAUUUGCCCAUAUUCUUCUACUAUGCAUAUUGAGGCCACAUUUAACAUUCAUUAUAAAAACACGUCUAUUGUUCCCAUAUGAUUUUCGAUACCAUUUCCAUAGUUCUUACUCUUUGCUUUGUUUAUAUUAUCGAAAAUCGAUACAACAGAUCCACGUGCAUGUGUGUUUACAUGCAGAGGAGCUUUGGAUUCAAUUCAUUUGAAAAAUUGGGAUUUUUCUUUAAAAAACAAUUAACAAUCCAAGAAUAAAUCACAACAUAUGCAAAUAUGUUUGUGAAUGAGGUGAAUGAUGUUAAAAUCUAUAAUCUUAGUGCGGGUAAAUCGGUACCAGAAUGGCUCACCGAUCGCCGCAAAAGAUCCCAGCUUAUGAAAAAGGUUGACUCACGUCGACAAAUUGAGCUGAUACAGGAUUUUGAUAUGCCAGGAGUAUGCACGUCCAUACGUAUGUCUCCUGAUAUGCAAUACAUCUUGGCAACAGGCACCUAUAAGCCACGGGUGAAAUGUUUUGAAGUCAGCAAUUUGUCCAUAAAAUUUGAAAGAUGUUUCGACUCUGAGGUAACCACCUUUGAGGUGAUCAGUGAUGACUACAGUAAAAUGGUAUUCUUGCAAUGCGACCGUUAUGUGGAGAUUCAUGCUGCCCAUGGUCGUCAUUAUCGUCUGCGUAUACCCAGAUUUGGUCGUGACAUGAAAUAUCACAAGCCUUCGUGUGAUCUUUUCAUUGUGGGCACAACCAAGGAAAUCUAUCGUUUGAAUUUGGAACGGGGUCAAUUUUUACAGCCUUACGAAUCGGAAGCUUCAUGCAUAAAUGCCUGUGAUGUUAGCUCAGAACAUGGCCUUCUGAUGGUGGGCACCAAGGAGGGUACAGUCGAAGCCUGGGAUCCAAGAACCAAGACGAAAUGCUCCACUCUAGAUGUGGCCAUUAAAUUGCCAGGUGUCAAGGAAUUUCCUUCGGUGUCAGCAUUGAAAUUUAAAGAUGGUCUUCAUAUGGGUGUGGGCACCAAUUCCGGUCACGUGUUGCUCUAUGAUAUUCGUUCAAAGGAACCUCUAUUAGUUAAGGAUCAUUUGAAUAAGGUUCCGAUAAAACGAUUGGCCUUUAAUCAAAAUCAUAAUGCCGUAUACUCCUUGGAUGAGGCCAUGUUGAAGCUGUGGGAUGAACAAACGGGCAAACAAAUUGCUUAUAUUGAAUCUACGUCGUCCUUUAAUGACUUCUGCACUGUACCCGAUACGGGCAUGUUCUUUUUGGCCCAAGAAGAUGUGAAAAUGUUGACAUUCUAUGUACCAGCCAUGGGUCCUGCGCCCAGAUGGUGCUCAUUCUUGGACAAUUUGACAGAGGAAAUCGAAUCAGAAGUUGUGGAAAAUAUGUAUGACGAUUACCAAUUUGUUACCCAAAAGGAAUUGGAAGAAUUGGGUCUGGAACAUUUGAUUGGCAGCAAUUUAUUGAAAGCCUAUAUGCAUGGCUACUUUAUUGAUGCACGUUUGUAUAAUCGGGCCAAAUCCAUUGUGGAUCCAUUCGCCUUUGAGCGAUUCCGUAAAGAGAAAAUCCGCCAAGAAAUUGAAAGUGAACGUAAGCCCCGCUUGCAGUUGUCCAGCAAAUUGCCGAAAGUUAAUCAAGAAUUGGCGCUUAAAAUCAUUGAGGAACAAACCAACCCCACUGCCAAACAGGCUGCUAAACAGGCACCCAAUCUCCUGGAAGAUAAUCGUUUCAAGGCAAUGUUUGAAAAUACUGACUUUAGUAUUGAUAAAAAUGCUGAGGAGUACAAACUUUUGGCUCCAGUGCUCAAUCGUUUGGAGAAGUCAAAACUUAAGGAAAUCAAGAAACGCAUUGAAGUGGCCCGUGUCAAUGAACUGCACGAGGAAGAAAAUAAACCUCAUGAAGAAAGUGAUAAUGAUGAGGAUUUGUUUGGUUUAGAGAAGAGCGAUGAUGAUGAUGACAAAGAUUCUUCGGGAGCCGAGUCAUCGGAUGAUGAAAAUGUUAAGGAGUUCGCCAAAGAAAUGAAAAAGGCCUACAAAGAUGUUAAGAAACAAAGGAAAGAGGAAUUAGAAGAUAUGGAUGUGGAAGAAAAUCAGCCCAAAACUUCUCAAAAAUUACCUGCCCAACAAACGAACGGUGCUAAACCCAAAGAAUUUAAAAUGUAUUCUUUGCAAACCUCAGCAGAAAUGAGUUCCGUAAAACGUGGCAUGAUGAAAGUUAGUCUCGCUGAUCGUGUCUCCAAGGUAGAGGAAACCAAUUCGAAAGUGCAAACCAUUGGUUCAUCGGGUAAUCGUCAAAUGACAUUUGAUUUGAAAAAGAAAGAUCUGCGCAAACGUGAACUGCAGCUGAAACAACAUCGAGAGGAACGUAAAAAACUGAUACGACCCAUAAAGUCGUUAAAAUUAAAGAAAGUUAAUUUUAAGUAACAAUAAUUAUUAAUGACAUGUUUUAAAUUAAUACAAAAUGUUUUUUUUUUGUAGAAUAUAAACAAUAGAUUGUUUUUGUAUGUAAAAUUAAAUAAAAAUAAUAAUUACAAAACAUUUUAAGAA